AUGCGUUCGUGGUCGUCAAGUUUUGAUAAAAACCAGACCUCAGUUACCACUGGGACAACCGGCGUCUGUUGUGCCUCAGGGCGAUUACCGGUAAUUGUGAACACGUGUUGUUGCCAGCGUGCAGUUCAGCGCGAGGUGCUCGGUCGUGUUGGUUGCUGGGGUGAUCAGGAGUGCAUGUUUCAACACGUCAAGAAGAAGGGCGCCGCAAGCACUGGGAGGGCAAGGCGGAUAGCCAGGCGACAACCGCGUACCUGCAUGCCGCAUCGCCUCUUCUCGCACGUCGUCAACACCGCCGAGCCUCACUCGCUUUUUGAAUAG